AUGAUACAUGAUAAUAGAUUUAGAAGAAGAAGAUACUCAAUUCAAGGUGAAACAUCUGAAGAUAUUUCCCCAAGGAUUCAUAAACAAAGAACAAGAACAAAUACAUCUGGUGAUAUUGGUAUACAAGGCGUUCCACCAGCUCCAACACAACCAAUUCAUAAAAGCUCUACUAGUGCUAUUAUGAUUGGUAGUUAUAAUUCUGCUCAUUCUCCUAGAACUUAUAGAUCACAUUCUCCUGUUAUUUUCUCUGUACUACAAUCUUCUAUUACAAAUACAAUUAAUUCAUUAAAUCAAAUGUCCCAAGACAAUGAAUCAAUAUUAAAUACUUUAGAAAAUCAAGCUAAAACUUCUCCAUCACAAAUGGAUGGUAAUUUGGUUGUUCAGUUUGUAAACAAUGCAAAUUCAAUUAUUACUCAAACAAAAACAUUAUCAUCUUCUAUAUUACCUUUCUAUUCCCAAGUAAUUGAAUUACCAAAUGAAUUAAAAUCUAUUGUUUAUCCAAUAAUACAGUCAGACAUAGGAUUACAAUAUAUCCCAGAACCAUUACCUCGAACCACUCAAUCUAACACUCAAAGAGCAAUGAGUUUACCUUGUAGUAAUAUAUCUCCAAUGUCAUCUGUAAGUGGCUCUAUUCAUAUUUCUCAAUAA